AUGGCUGCACUGGUACAGACAAUCCCCCAGCAGUCUAGUACCAUCACCUUGCUGCAGCCUCGCCCAUCCUCCUCCACAGCUGCCUUUCCUUCAUCCUCACAUUCCAGUCUUCAACAACUUCCACAAAUGGCUCGAAACCAGCAGGGGCCUACGAGGGCUUCACAUAAUAAUACCUUGGGAAAUGGCUCCGGUUAUAGGGCUUCACAGGCUGUCCAGCCAGUUGCUCCAUACGCCUUCACUAGCACCCCUAGUCUGACCAACACAGGCAAGAAUGCUCCCCCUCUUCUAAAGCCUGAAUAUAGAGCAGCGUCUGCCCCCCAGACUCAAGCAAACCCAACUUUCCCAGGUGUAAUCCCUUCACGAGUGCAUUUCCCUGCUACUAGUCCGGUAUCCAGUUCUUCCACCAUUUCUUCCGUCACUUUGCACGGUUCGAAAGACGACUCUGCCAUCCCCACGAGACAACGGACAGGGGAGUCUACGGCUCGCCCGCUAUCUUCACUUGGAUUUACUCUUCACUCAGUCUCUCCUUCGUCAACAUCGACGUCCGCCAAACCCUCCCCGGAUCGCUACCGUCGAGGCCAACGACGUGUCGGGCAAACAAAUCAAGUCCAGAAUAGCCCAGGGAACGCUUCACCCUCUGUAGCAAAUGGACUGUCACAUCCAAACCUUUCUCCUGGUACAAGUCAGAAUACCACAGGCCCACAUUAUUUCAGAGGUGCCAGUGUGGAUGAUGCACUAUUAAUUGAAAAGCCUCAAUCCACAGAACUAGCGAAGCGAUAUAGACGUAGAAGCUUGGGCAGCUUGGACACGAAAGGCUUGACGAACUUUGCUCCGCCGAAAACAUCUACAGAACCUACAGCUAGGUUAAACCCGGAGGACUUAUCCAUGCCAGACAAUCUGCGACGCCCUCACUCAGCAAAUGCUCCUUCAGCUAAUGUUUACUCCCAUGCGCACAAGGGUAGCACUGAAAGUGUUGCAUCUACCAGAUCAUCUCCCCCAACUGGAAAACGAACUUCAUCCGCAGUCUCAUCACCUACCACACUAAAACUAGAUUACAAAGUCUUUGAUAAUCCGAAACGUCUCACGAAUCCAUCUCCUUUAUCCCAACCGCUGAACAUGGGCUCUGAAGCUUCGAAAACAGAGCCCAUAACUAAUUUCCCCCCUAAGCCAUCUGCUCCAGCCGAGAAACAGCACUCAUCACCUCCACAGCCAAAUCUCCAGAGUCCAGCUACAAAGCGCUUGACAGAAUUAUCAAAAAGGGGAUUCCGCAAAUCUGGAAAGUCCGGACUACGAAGGGUGCUGUCGUUUGGCAGCGCUGCCGAACUUCGAGCAGCGAGCGCAGCAACUCUAGAAGGUACCACUGCAACCACCACUACCACAGCAACACAACAAUCAGCCCGACCUGGUCAAGAAGUUUCACGAAAGCAACAACUUGACGAGGAGCUAGAAUCGAUGGAUAAUUUGUCUAUUUCUUCUACUGCGUCUUCUGCAUCAAUUAUGUUACGAAAGAUGGGCAAGGGCGUUAAAAGAUCAACUCGAUCACUUGUUGGGCUCUUCCGACCUAAAUCAACACUUGGUGAUUCUCGGGACCAAGCGACUGUUGAAGCUAUGACUCCUCAGAUAUCGAUAGUAAAUGUGGAAGCUGAACGGGAAAAUACGACUUCUGCCAGCAAUCAUAUCAUGUCAGAGCAGGUUAAUAAGGAGCCCACAGCGGCGAUAAUCCCGGCAGCCCUGGCUCAGGAACGCCCUUCUGUUGAUACUGGUAGCACAGACACAGGAGGUGAUCAGAGCAGUGUUGACAGCCUCAAAACUACACGUAAGAGCAUUCUGGGAGGGGAACGGGAGCGUGCUGAAGUCCCGGCAGCUGUAAGAAAGGGAAUUUUAAAAAGAUCUGGCACAGGCUCCAACACAUCAUCCCCCGUUGUCCGACCAGUUGAACCCCGCGGUUCCACUGAUAUUCCCACCUCCAACAUCCCACACUUCAAUGACUCCUCCCCGCACUCCAGUGCCCCUAGUACACCAUGCGAAGACCGUCCUCCGCGCUCUGGACACCGACGAACCGACUCCAUUACGAUAGACGGCGAAGACUACUUCCUCCCCGCCGGCCGCUUCAGCACAACAGACGCUUCAAGCGCUCCCACGUCCCCACAGCCGGCCACUGCAUCCACAGAGUCAUCGGCAACGGUCCUCGUGAGGAAUAUCAGCUUCAGUCCGCGGAUACAGUUCCAUGACACGUGGCCAAGUGGGGAGUAUGAUCGACGUGGAGAGAUUGCGACGUGUAAUCGGCUCACGCCGCUCUUGGCACAGCAGAUUAAGGAGGAGCUUAAUACGUUUAAGAUGGAGAUGGAAGUGCACGAAUCCUCUAAAGUAUAUACACAUUUCUUCUGA